AUGCCGCUGCUAGCCCCGCUGCCGCCCCGCGCCCCGGUGCACGACUACGCCGGCGAACGGUUCACGGCCGACAGCAACGCCUUCGUCCUCCACGGCGGCAGCGAGGGCGUCUACGCCUCCGCUAAGGCCGCCGCGUUCAUCCGAAGGACGCCCGAGUCUGCCGCUGCGGCCGAGGAGGACGGCAACCGCACGGCCACGGUCACGGCGGUCAUCUUCGAGGCCGUCGGGGGCGCGGACGUCUCCGUCUCCGGCGGUCGCGCGCUCUGCUGCACGCCGGACAUGGCGAGGCUCGGGGCGUGCACCGAGGGGACGGCGACGUACCGCGCGCGGAACGGCACCGGCUGGCCCAGGGUGUUCGCGGCCUCCUUCCUCCCGGGUAGCCUCGAGGCGUCGUUCCCGGACGAGACCGUCGCCAUGGCGCGCACCGGCAUGUACACCCUCCUGUUCGUCCACUGCGACGCCUCGCUCGCCUGUGGGCAGGUGGCCGCGCGGGGCAAGACCAUCUGGAAGAACAGCCGCGGAUACCUCCCGGGGCGGAUGGCGCCGCUGCUGCCCUUCUACGGCGCCACGUCGCUGGCGUUCGCGGCGCUGGCGGCGUACUGGUUCGCGCAGUGCGCGCAGUUCUGGCGGGAGGUGGUGCCGCUCCAGAGCUGCGCCACGCUGGUGAUCGCGCUGGGAAUGCUGGAGGCCGCCACCUGGUACUUCGACCUCGCCGAGUUCAACGAGUCCGGCGUCCGCCCCCGCGGUGCCACGUUCUGGGCGGCCACGUCCGGCGCGCUCCGCGGCGCGGCGGCGCGCGUGCUGGUGCUGGCCGUGGCAAUGGGCCACGACGUGGUGCGGCCCGCGCUGGCGGGGCUCAAGAGCGCCAGGGUGGCUGGCCUCGGCGCCGCGUUCUUCGCCGCCGCGGAGGCGCUCGAGGUCAGCGAGAACGUCGGCACCGUGAGCGACCGCUCGCCGUCGCCCACGAGGAGGCUGUUCCUCGUGCUCCCUGUGGCGGCCCUCAACGCGGUGUUCGUGUACUGGAUAUUCAGCUCGCUGUCGAAAACGCUGAACAAGCUCAAGGCAAAACGAAUGACGUCGAAGCUGGAGAUGUACCGGAGGUUGACCAACGCUUUGAUCAUCGCGGUGGCUGUGUCACUCGGCUGGAUCACAUUUGAGAUCCACUUCAAGUCGACGGACGAGUACAACGAGCGGUGGCGCGCGGCGUGGGUGAUCCCGGCAGUGUGGCAGCUCAUCUCCUUCUCGCUGCUGUGCGCCGUCUGCCUCAUGUGGGCGCCCUCGCAGAGCUCGACGAGGUACGCCUACCUGGAAGACGAGGAGGAGGGCGAGGACGAGGACCGUGACGUGGAGGACACGCGGCCGCUGAUCCGGCCCGGCCCGCUGUCGUACGUGGACAACUGGCCCAUCUCCGUGUCCAAGGACGCCACCACCAUCAUUCUGAGAAUCGACUCCGGCGUGUACGCGAAAGCCGCCGGCGAUGGAGGCAAGCGGGUGUAG